UUCAGUUUUUGCUGCGUCCAGAGAAUCAUUAUCGGGGAGGCAUUCGCUAGAGUACUAUCGGUUUCGUUGUGUGUGAAAAUUAGUGAAUUUCUAGCUCAGUUUUGCAAAUUUCAACUAAGUAAAGCAAGAAUGGCUCUGAAUAAGCUUAGCAUCGAGAACGUUGAUCUGAAGGGAAAGAGAGUUUUCAUGCGCGUUGAUUUCAAUGUUCCAAUCAAGGAAGGAAAAAUCACCAGUAGCCAACGAAUCGUUGCCGCUUUGGACAGUAUUAAAUAUGCCCUAGAAAAGGGGGCUAAAUCAGUUGUCCUUGCGUCGCACUUGGGCCGUCCAGAUGGCAAUAAAAAUGCCAAGUACACUUUGGCCCCAGUAGCUGUCGAGUUGAAAACUCUAUUGGGAAAGGAUGUGACCUUCCUGAAUGAUUGUGUUGGUGCUGAGGUUGAAGCUGCUUGUAAGGACCCAGCACCCGGCUCGGUGAUUCUGCUAGAGAAUGUUCGUUUUUACGUCGAGGAGGAAGGCAAAGGCGUCGACGCGUCUGGCAAUAAAGUAAAGGCCGACAAGGAGAAGGUGAAGGUGUUCCGCGAGAGUCUGGCCAAGCUCGCCGAUGUGUACAUCAAUGAUGCUUUCGGAACAGCUCACCGAGCUCACAGUUCUAUGAUGGGCGAGGGAUACAAUCAGCGUGCCGCAGGACUGUUAUUGAACAAAGAAUUGCGUUACUUCUCGCAAGCUCUUGAUAAUCCACCCCGUCCAUUCCUUGCCAUCCUGGGUGGCGCCAAAGUAGCUGAUAAGAUUCAGUUGAUUGAAAAUUUGCUCGACAAAGUUAACGAGAUGAUUAUUGGUGGUGGUAUGGCAUUUACCUUCUUGAAGGUGUUGAACAACAUGGAAAUUGGAGGUUCGUUGUUUGACGAGGAGGGGUCAAAGAUUGUACAAAAGCUUGUGGACAAAGCGAAAAAGAACAACGUUCAACUGCAUCUGCCUGUUGAUUUUGUCACCGGGGAUAAGUUUGCCGAAAAUGCCGCUGUUGGAUCCGCUACUGUAGAGGCCGGAAUUCCUGCUGGUCAUAUGGGUCUAGAUAUUGGACCAAAAUCUCGCGAAGCAUUCGCUGCACCGAUUGCUCGCGCAAAGAUUAUUGUGUGGAACGGUCCCCCAGGCGUGUUCGAAUUCGCAAACUUUGCCCAAGGAACUAAAGCUCUCAUGGAUGGUGUAGUCGCUACUACCAAGGCAGGAUGUGUAAGCAUCAUUGGCGGUGGUGACACCGCUUCGUGCUGCGCUAAGUGGGGAACAGAAUCUCAAGUCUCACAUGUGUCCACUGGCGGUGGUGCUUCUCUGGAAUUGCUGGAAGGCAAAGUUUUGCCUGGUGUUGAUGCUUUGAGCAGCGCAUAAACGUAACCAAAUAUCGUAAGCGCGAGUGUUAAAUGCUGACUUAUCUAAUCAUAAUUGUCUAAGUUUAGGUGGCAAAAAUCAAAGUCCGUGAAUGAUAGUCAUAAUAAUACGUUACAAUAGGCUUCUCAUGUUGAACAUUUAAGAAAAUGCUGUUUGAAAACAAGAUAACUGAAUGCAUAUGUAUCCCAUCAAAACAAUAAAAAGUAUUGCAAUAAUAAUAUGCGAAACCUUAAUAA